UUUUUUUUCUUUUCCAGCUUUCUGGUUCUGCAAAGUUAAAGGAGCUGAGGUUUAGUCUGCCGCCGCCGGCGCCGCCUCCUCUCCGCUCAGCUGCAGGGGACACAGAGGACAGACUCACAGGGGACAGUCCUGCAAAAGGGGACACUUCUGCAAAGGGGACGCUCCUGCAAGGAGACACGGGGGAGGGCUACGGAGAGGGCCGAUAACCUCCCAGUGCUGCUUGAGCCCCACCGGAGAAGUCCAGUCACGUGUUUUUUCUCCGUCUAUGAGGCCUUUCGCCAUCGCUCAGUGACAGACAGACGCGCUUGCAGGUGCAGAGACUCUCCCUGACCGAGCAUCCUGCAGCCAUGGCCCAACAGAGCGCUCAGCUGUCCCACUGCUAGGCGACGGGGCAUCCGACAGGGCAGGAGACAUGUUGGGACAGAGGCCCGAGGACCACUGCACUGAAGUCUGUUACUAUAGCAAAUACUGUAGUAACCAUGGAAAAGCUAUGGAGGACUGCUCUGGUCUGCACUGUCGUCAUCGUCCUGGUUGCCACCGAGGUCACAGGAGGUCUCAACGAUGAGUUUGCUAAAUCACAAGCUGCUUUCCUGUCCAGCCUGGGCCAGUAUGAGAUCGCCAUCCCUGUACGUGUAGGACCAAAUGGCGAGAUGCUGGACACAGAAAGGACAAAAUACCACCAAAGAAGACGACGAAGCACUGAAGACAGGCUGCCUGACUCUCUCUUCUACCAGCUGUCCACGUCACAGAACAACUUCCUGCUGAAUCUGACGCUGCAGGGAGGCCUGUUGUCUCGCCAGUUCAGGGUGGAGUACUGGAAGAGGGGCCAAUUAGCCUGGAGUCACCCUUACUCUCCCCAUUGUCACUACACGGGUCACCUCCAGGACCAGCCCCACUCCAGCAAAGUGGCCCUGAGCAACUGUAACGGCCUGCAGGGGGUGAUUGUUGCAGGGGGAGAGGAGUACCUCAUUGAACCGCUUGUCUCACCAGAUAACCAAACGAGGACAGAGAGGGGGGAGAGGACAGAGGGGCGCCCCCAUGUGGUUUACAAACGCUCAUCACUCCGCUAUCAGUAUAAAGGCCGCUCCUGCGGGGUCAUUGAUGAGAAGCCGAUGAAAGGCUCGUCGUGGUGGCAGCGAACCCUGAAGACGCCGCCUCACCAUGUCGGCCGCGGCCAGCUGCCCCUGAAGCGCUCGGUCAGUCAGGAGCGCUACGUGGAGACGCUGGUGGUGGCUGACAAGAUGAUGGUGGCAUACCACGGUCGCAGGGACAUCGAGCAGUACAUCCUGGCCGUCAUGAAUAUUGUUGCCAAACUGUUCCAUGAUUCUAGCCUGGGGAAUGCAGUCAACAUCGUGGUGACACGGCUCAUCCUGCUCAUGGAAGACCAGCCAACGCUGGAGGUCAACCAUCACGCAGGGAAGUCUUUAGACAGUUUCUGUAAGUGGCAGAAAACCAUCCAGCACCGCAGCAGCAGCUACGGGAACGCCAUCCCGGACAACGGCAUUGCUCACCACGACACCGCCGUGCUCAUCACCAGGUACGACAUCUGCAUCCAGAAAAACAAGCCCUGUGAAACUCUAGGUCUGGCUCCGGUGGGAGGAAUGUGUGAGCCAGAGAGGAGCUGCAGCAUCAAUGAGGACAUCGGUCUGGGAACAGCCUUCACCAUCGCCCAUGAGAUCGGCCAUACGUUUGGGAUGAACCAUGACGGCAUGGGGAACGCCUGUGGGCCGCGAAGCCAGGAGACCGCUAAGCUGAUGGCUGACCACAUCACCAUGAAGACCAACCCGUUCAUCUGGUCGGCCUGCAGCCGCGAUUACAUCACCAGUUUCCUGGACUCAGGUAUGGGCUCCUGUCUGAACAACGUGCCUCCGAAGCAGGAGUUUGUGUACCCCACCACAGCACCAGGUCAGACCUACGAUGCAGACGAGCAAUGCCGCUUCCAGUACGGCAUCAGAUCCCGGCAGUGUAAAUAUGCGGAAGUCUGCAGUGAACUUUGGUGCAUGAGCAAAAGCAACCGUUGCAUCACCAGCAGCAUACCCGCUGCAGAGGGAACCAUCUGUCAGACCAAUACUAUAGAGAAAGGGUGGUGCUUCAAAAGGGUGUGUGUUGCGUAUGGGACUCGCCCAGAGGGCGUGGAUGGGGGCUGGGGGCUGUGGUCCACCUGGGGGGAGUGCAGCAGGACCUGUGGAGGUGGAGUCUCCUCUUCUGUCAGACACUGUGACAGCCCCAGGCCAACCAUCGGUGGAAAAUACUGUCUGGGAGAAAGAAAACGCUUCAGGUCCUGUAAUAUUGAUGAGUGUCCUGCAGGCUCCAGGGACUUCAGAGAGAUCCAGUGCUCUGACUUUGAUAGCACUCCUUUCAGGGGAAAAUUUUAUACCUGGAAACCAUACAGAGGAGGUGGGGUGAAGCCCUGCUCUCUCAACUGCCUCGCCGAAGGCUACAACUUCUACACAGAGCGAGCUCCAGCCGUGGUGGACGGCACGCCGUGCCGGGACGACUCCGUGGACGUUUGUGUAAACGGCGAGUGCAAGCACGUGGGCUGCGACCGUGUGCUCGGCUCGGACGUGCGCGAGGAUCGCUGUCGAGUCUGCGGCGGUGACGGCGGCGGCUGCGUCUCCGUGGAGGGAGUUUUCAACGACUCGCUGCCCGAAGGAGAUUAUGAAGAAGUGGUGAGAAUCCCUAAAGGAUCGGUGUUUAUCCACAUACAAGAGGUCAACAUCUCCCUCAACUACCUUGUCCUGAAGAAUAAAAAUGACCAGUAUUUUAUCAAUGGGAAGCUUAGCAUUGACACGCCGCGAAGGUUCAACGUAGCCGGCACCACUUUCCACUACAGGCGGCCCACUGACGGACCAGAAACUCUUGAAGCCUUGGGCCCAACAAACAUCACCCUCAUUGUCAUGUUGCUGGUGAGGGAGGACAACCCAGGGAUCCACUAUCGUUUCAAUCCGCCAGUCAGCAGGGAUCCCCUAAGUGGCUUCGCCUGGCAAUACGUGUCCUGGUCUCGCUGCUCAGCGUUGUGUGCUGGAGGUGUACAGAUCCAGCAAGUUGUGUGUAAGAGGCAGUCAGACUUUUCAGUCGUCUACAAUCACUUCUGUGACAAGAAGAGCAAACCCAAAGAGAAGAGAAGGUCCUGCAACACUGAGCCGUGCUCCCCAACCUGGUGGACAGGAGAGUGGUCGGAGUGCAGCCGCAGCUGUAACGGCGGCCUGCGGACACGGGAGGUGUUGUGCAAAAGGAAGAUCUCUGCGAUGGAGGAGAAGGUCCUGGACGACUCGGCCUGCAGCUCCCCUCGCCCUUCGUUCACUGAGCCCUGCAGCAACCACAGCUGCCCUCCCGAGUGGCUGGCCUUGAAUUGGUCUGAGUGCACUCCCAGUUGUGGACCUGGCUACAGACACCGCGUGGUGUUGUGCAAGAGCGGAGAGAGCGGUGACACGUUGCCAGACUCAAAGUGUCCCAAACAUGGCCGACCCACCUCCAGGGUGCGCUGUAACCUGCAGCGCUGCCCUCCUCCUCAGUGGGUCACGGGUCCAUGGGGGGAGUGCUCUGCCAGGUGCGGUCUGGGUCAGGAGAUGCGUUCGGUGCAGUGUCUCGCCCACACUGGGCUGCCAUCCAACGAGUGUCUGGACCAUCAGCGGCCCGCCGCCAUGCAACAGUGCAAGAGCAAAUGUGACCCCAGUCUGCCCAUCAAUAUAGAGAACCCUGAAGGUCAGAGGCCAGUUUUCACUGCUGAGUGUAAAGAUGUGAGCACUGUGGCAUACUGCCCCCUGGUGCUCAGGUUCAAGUUCUGCAACCGUCCAUAUUUCAGACAAAUGUGUUGUAAGACCUGUCAAGGACACUGACGCUGCUGUUGUUGGGGGUCAAACAGUAAGACUGGACUUUUUAAACUGCGCCUCGCUGCAGCAGCCUUCACCGUGUCUCCGUCAGUUCAAGCUUGGUAUCCAUUAAUGACGCUGACAAACAGAUGCACGGUUAUGAAAUUAGUCAGAGGGGUGUUUUUCCUCUCUCCCUGACUGAUAAACCAGAUCUGAAAUCUCUGGACCAAACAUCGUUCCACUGGAGGAGGGCGUUGAUCGCUGAAACCCGGACAGGAAGGAGGCAGGCAUCAGCUGUCCUCCGUCGUCUGUCAGAACAAAUCCUCUCUUUGUCUCUCUAAACUUUGCCUUUGUCUUAACAUUUUGGUGCUAUAUGUUUUACUCUGUCUGUAAGGACUGGUUGCAGUAAUCUUAAGCUCCACUUCGUAUUACUUGAGUGGCCUAAAUGUUUAGCCUGUCCUGUUGUAAGUUUUUGAAACAUCCACUUUGAAAAGAAAAUAAUUUUCCAGAUAUAUGUCACCCGCAGAAAAAAUUAGCUCCUAUGCUUUUUAAAACAUAUUUUAUGUUAUCUAAUAGCUUCUACUUGACUUAUUGUUUUGAUGUCUUUUUUUUUUGUAUAUCAGUAUAACCAUCAAGUCCUCAUAGAUAUUCGCUUUUAUGAGCAGAUUUGGAUUUGCACAAAGAGUCUGCAGUCAGAGGACUUGUGUGUUUUCUGUUUCAUGUCUCGUCAUUUGACUUGAUGUCUCUGUGGAAGCUGUGGAAAACGCCUCAGUCUUGCCGUUUGAAUAGUUUCCCUACAGUUUAUCACCAAUGCACCGUUAAAUAACUUCAUGCUGUAGAGUUUGACGAUUGCUAAACAUUUACAUACAACAGGAUGUCGUGUCGUAGCUGCAGACUUUGCCAGCUUCAGCUUGAAGUCCUUCUCAGUCAC